ACGGCGGCCAUGGGGCUCGCCGGUAACAGUGACACAACUGGGUUGCUCUAAGGACAAAUGCCUGAACCAUCUCAGCAUGGCCUAUAGAGGAGGAGGAAGAGGAGGAGGAAGAGGAGGAGGAGAGGAGCAUGACCAGCCUUCCUCAGCUGUGCUCUCCUGUGUUGACCCUGGAAGUGUUUGCCUAAGUAGAAAACAGCCCCAUAAUAUAUGCAUGGUGUCGGACUUUUUCUACCCGAAUAUGGGAGGCGUGGAAAGCCACAUUUACCAGCUCUCUCAGUGCCUCAUUGAAAGGAGGCACAAGGUCAUAAUUGUCACCCACGCUUAUGGAAAUCGAAAAGGCAUCCGUUACCUCACCAAUGGCCUCAAAGUCUAUUACUUGCCUCUGAAAGUCAUGUACAACCAAUCUACAGCCACGACCCUCUUUCACAGUCUGCCACUGCUCAGGUACAUACUCGUUCGGGAGAGAGUCACGAUAAUCCAUUCACAUAGUUCUUUUUCUGCCAUGGCCCAUGACGCCCUCUUCCACGCCAAGACCAUGGGGCUCCAGACAGUCUUCACGGACCAUUCCCUUUUUGGAUUUGCUGAUGUCAGCUCGGUGCUUACAAACAAGCUUCUAACUGUGUCUCUUUGUGACACAAACCACAUAAUUUGUGUCUCUUACACUAGUAAGGAAAACACUGUGCUCAGAGCAGCACUGAAUCCUGAAAUAGUGUCCGUCAUUCCUAAUGCUGUAGAUCCUACUGACUUCACUCCAGACCCAUUUAAAAGGCAUAAUAGUCUCACUAUCAUUGUUGUCAGCAGACUUGUUUACAGAAAAGGGACUGAUUUGCUUAGUGGUAUAAUACCUGAACUCUGUCACAAAUAUCCAGAUUUAAAUUUCAUAAUUGGAGGAGAAGGACCAAAGAGAAUCAUUUUGGAAGAAGUACGGGAAAGAUACCAGCUCCAUGACAGAGUUCGUCUCCUGGGAGCCUUAGAACACAAGGAUGUUCGCAGUGUCUUAGUGCAGGGACAUAUUUUCCUUAAUACAUCCCUCACUGAAGCUUUCUGCAUGGCAAUUGUGGAGGCAGCCAGUUGUGGUUUACAGGUUGUAAGUACCAGAGUUGGUGGAAUUCCUGAGGUACUUCCAGAAGACCUUAUUAUUUUAUGUGAGCCUUCUGUAAAAUCUUUGUGUGAAGGAUUAGAAAAAGCUAUUUUUCAACUGAAGUCAGGAGCAUUGCCAACUCCAGAAGACAUCCACAACAUAGUGAAGACCUUCUACACUUGGAGGAAUGUUGCAGAGAGAACUGAAAAAGUGUACGACUGCGUGGCCGGGGAAGCCGUGUUAACGAUGGACAAAAGACUGAACAGACUCAUCUCUCACUGUGGCCCGGUGACAGGCUACAUUUUUGCUUUGUUGGCUGUAUUCAACUUUCUCUUCCUCGUUUUCCUGAGAUGGAUGACUCCAGAUUCUGUCAUCGAUGUUGCAGUAGAUGCCACGGGGCCAGAGGGUGCCUGGAUUCCUCCAUGUUCUUACAGUAAACAAAAGGAUGAGGACAGUGAGGUGUCUGAAACCAGGUAGAAGAAAGCCUGGAUUGUAAGAGUUGAGGCAUUUGUAGUAGUUCUAGUAAGACAGAAAAUUAACCGUGCUGUUUUUUUUUUAAAGUUAAUUUAGUAAGUUAUGCUACCUCUAUUAUCAUUCAAUUUUAUUUUGAGGAAAGAUUAAAAACUUAUGCAAUUCCUGAGUGUAGAAACUCCUUGCACUUAUUUAAAAUUUAGGAGCGAACAUUUAAGCCACUCAGGUAUGACAUUUUUCAGAUUACUGAAAUCCUUCUAGCAGAGAUGUUUUAAACUAUAUUUUGGGAGUUUUGGGUGCUGAAGGGCCAAAUGUUUUUUAGGCAUUUUUUUGGCCGAUUUUAAACGUCCUACCAUUCAUUAGACAUUCACCAGAUGUUUACAAGUUUUCUUUAGGGAAUUACAACUGUAUGAACUAUUCUAGGUCAUGUUCAUACACAUUUAUUAGACAUUAAGCAUUUAUUGAGCACCCUCACUAAGUGUUCGUAUGCGCAGCAGGUGCCUUGAGUAAGAUGUUCUGUUAGUUUCCAGCACGUUUGAAGCCCCUACUACAUGUAGAGCAUUAAACGAGGUGUACUUCCUGCUGUUACGGACCAGGGGCACAUUUCCUCUUUAUUACUCAGAUGGCUCACUCCAUCGUAGUCAUAGUUGACGUGAAAUGGACACAGAACCAACAGGCCAGAAAAUCUUGUGCUUUUAUGCCAGGAAGAAAUGGCUGGCACAAGGGUUACUGCUUCGAUCCUGGUCUGCGUGUUCUAGUUAGGGCCUUGCCCUUCAGUUGUGUUUAUGAAAACAUGUUUUGCUUUCUCAAUACUAGGGACCGAUACCACUGUUGAUGAUAGUGCAGAGACACCCUUUGCCUCUUCUAGUGCAUAACUUAGUCCUCUGUAAAUGCCUUCGUGUUUUCCGAGCAGAAUGUACGAGGUGUGCCAUCUCAGAUUCAGCUGCUACCCUAUACUUUGAUAGAAGUCAUUCCCUUCACUUGUGGCCUAGCUCGUGUCUGCUAAGUAUUGUCAGUGUGCAGAAGUCUUCACCCCAGAAUGUUUUAUUCAUAGCAGAUGGAGUCUAUUUUAGAGACGGUCUCUUUGUGAGUGGAUGUUGUUAACUGUCAUUGUUGCCCAGAGCCAUGGGUUUUUAAACCCCAAAUUAUUCACAGGCUAUGUAUUAUUCUUUCAACUCCUGAGAAUGUUUUUGUGAUAAAGGACUGUGAAAUCCAAUGAAUGAGGCACUAGUGGGUGUGCUAGGUAGAUUCUGGCAGUAUUGUAAUUCUGUGCAGGGCUUUCUGGCAGUAUUGUAAUUCUGUGCAGGGCUUUCUUGUUUUUUAAUGAUGUCACCAAACUUCUUACUUCUUAAAAAGUAUCUUAACAUGCCUAUUAACCAGUUGCCAUUGAAAUAUAAGAAAUAGAUUUGUGUUUUGUUUGUACCAAAACACAAAUGCAAGAGUGCAAUUUUUUAAAUCUAGGAGUUGGGGUUCUUUUGUUGAAGAGAAAGGGACUAAUCCAAAUCACUAAAUCUCAUUGGGGUUUUUAUGCAUAAAAACUGAUUUAUAUAAGUAUGAAAUAAACAGUGCCAAUAUUCAUGAUACAGCAGGAAACUAACAUUUGGUUUUACUUAUUUACCAAUUUUUGAAGGCAUACUCGGUUUUUGGGUUUUUUUUUAGUACACUUCUGUUUUUUAGCAAAUUAAAGAAAGUUUGUCAUUAUUGUCAUUUAUUUCAGUUGGAAAUGUCAUUGAAAGUUGCUCUUAUGUGUAAAAGAAAUAAUUUGAAAAUUAAAGUUAUUUUUCCUGUUUUUUCUUAAAAGAUGAGAGUAAAGUUGCUUGGUCUAGUAAAUCUUCAUUUUCAGCCUUCCUGGGUACCUUAACUGUAACUGUCAGUGUUGCACUGGUCAAUAUGUGAAAACAUAUUGUUCUGCCCUGCUACUUAACUUUUAUCUGAAAGUGAACUUGCAGUGAUGAGAAAUUUAUGAAAAAUAUAUAUCGCAUUUUGAAGUUAUAAAAAGUAGCACAUGUUAAACUGAUUUAUGAAAACAUGCUACAU